AUGGAGGCAUUGGAUGUCGACCGCAUCCUCGGUCAGCUACUAGAGGUGCGGCACACCAGGCCGCUCAAGCUAGUCCAGCUGACAGAAGUAGAGAUCAGCAGUCUGUGCUUCCUCGCCCGAGAGGUCUUCAUGGAUCAGCCGAUUCUGCUUGAACUGGGUUGUCCCCUCAAGAUUUGUGGUGAUGUGCACGGACAGUAUUCUGACUUGCUGAAGCUGUUCGAAUGUGGUGGCUUCCCACCAGAGGCGAACUACCUCUUCUUGGGAGACUACGUGGACAGGGGCAAGCAAAGUCUAGAGACAAUCUGCUGCCUCCUGGCGUACAAGGUGAAGUUUGCUGAGAACUUCUUCUUGUUGCGCGGCAACCAUGAAUGCGCUUCAAUCAAUCGUAUCUAUGGCUUCUACGAUGAGUGCAAGCGACGGUACAGUAUAAGGUUAUGGAAGACCUUCACUGACUGCUUCAACUGCCUCCCGGUCAGCGCAGUCAUAGAGGACAAGAUCGUGUGCAUGCACGGUGGCCUCUCACCCGAGCUGAAUCAGCUGCAGCAGAUCAACCAAGUGGUCAGGCCGACGGACGUACCGGACACAGGUUUGCUCUGCGACCUCCUCUGGUCAGAUCCAGAGAAAGAGAUCAGCGGCUGGGGGGAGAAUGACCGUGGGGUUUCAUUCACAUUUGGGCCUGAUGUUGUUUCAGGGUUUCUGCGAAAGCAUAGCCUGGAUCUUGUAUGCCGCGCGCACCAGGUUGUUGAAGACGGCUACGAGUUCUUCGCUUCGCGUGCUCUGGUGACACUGUUCAGCGCGCCAAACUACUGCGGCGAGUUUGACAACUCUGCAGCCAUCAUGACCGUGGACGAGAGGCUAUGCUGCGCAUUCCAGAUUCUGCGGCCCAUGCGGCUCUAG